AUGGUUCUAGCGAUUUCAUUCCCAUUAAUGUUGCGACGGCUCGGCCAUUUCAAGGUAAACUGCCUGGAAGCUCAAUGCCGCAAGCCCAUCACCUCGCUCCUCACGCCCAUCGCCGCAUCAUUCAGGCAGCACAGAUUUUCUGGCAUGGCGCCCCCUGUAACCCCUCUACCCUCUAGCGCUGAACUGCUAGAUUCUUCUCAAAAAAUCGAGGAAGAAAGAUUUCCCAACUACGUUGCGGAACGGUACUAUCCUGUCCGCCUGGGCGGAAUCUUUGACUCGAGAUACCAAGUCAUCACAAAACUUGGAUUUGGGGCAGCAUCGACGAUAUGGUUAUGUCGUGAUAUCCAGGAGCAGCGAUACUUGACUCUGAAAGUUCAUGUUCGGAGUCGAAAACCGUGCCCGGAAGUUGAACUUGCGGCUUAUCUAAAUAAAAUCGAAGAUAUCCAUGGGGGCGAAAAGUACGUUAGGCGUGUUGUCCGCUCAUCCAGCAUCACUGGACCACACGGUGUCCAUCCAUGUCUUCUAUACGAGCCGACUGGAAUUGACAUCAGUAAUUUCAUCCACCAACUUGACGGAGGAGCGCUGCCUGAAACCAUGCUGCGAAUGACGGCCCGCUUCAUGCUUAUUGCUCUGGAUUAUCUUCAUCAGUUAGAUAUCAUCCAUACCGAUAUUCAACCCAAUAAUAUCUUGGCGCCGGAAGUAAUUCUAGAUAUGGAAUGGGACAACAAGAUUGACAUCUGGGGCCUAGCACAGACGAUCUGGACAUUGUUUGAGUGUGGUCAUUUAUUUGAUAACUCGGAUCCAGCUGGGGAAUUGGAUCCCAAUCGAAGAUUUGCGGAGAUGGUGUCGCUGUUGGGGCCGCCUCCGCCUGAGUUUUUAAGAAGAAGCAAAGCAAGCCUCAAGUAUUGGGAUGAAGAUGGAAAUUGGAAAUCGUCAUUCCCUAUACCUACUCAGACUCUUGAGUCCCGUGAAGUUCAACUUGAAGGAAAGAAUAAAGAGCUGUUCCUACAUUUUAUGAGAAAGAUGCUGUGUUGGCUCCCCGAAGAGAGGGCGACCGCGUCCCAGUUGCUUUUUGAAGAUGAGUGGGUGAGAGGAGGCGAGUGCUAA